UUUGGUUUAGAAUCGGAGCAAGCUUUUUGCCUUUACCAUUUCUUUUUCGUUCACUUCCUACGAAAGCAUAUUCCUUUCUCUCUGCUGUAUCUCCUUCACCUGCGGGCUAAAAGGAUCCGGCUUAGAGCUGCUUGAUGUUUCGUUUUCUUCUACUUACGUGGCGUGAAAGCUGAUUCAAUACAUUAUUUCUGUCAGUCUGAAUAGUGUAUAAACAGACACAAAGCGUAAUCAUUCCAGGAGGGUUUUGUCUGAAACAGAGAGAUUCAGUUUCCGUUUGGUUGUUUUCAAGUAUGCUACCAAGUGGGUUGAAAGAAACUCAACUCAACAACAACCAGAAGGUCCAUCCACAACCAAUGGAACAAUCUAUCAACCAGAACCCUGAAGCUAUGGAAGCACUUAUCUCCAACCUCUUCGGAAACAUCUCUUCUCUGAAAUCUGCUUACAUCCAGCUUCAAUCUGCUCACACUCCUUACGACCCGGAGAAGAUUCAGGAAGCCGACAAGGCUGUGAUCUCCGAACUCAAGAAUCUCUCCGAGCUGAAACAUGUUUACAGAGAGAACCACCCCAAGCCUGUGUGCGUCUCUCCCAAAGACUCUCGUUUAGCCGCAGAGAUCCAAGAGCAGCAGAGUCUUUUGAAGACUUAUGAGGUCAUGGUGAAGAAGUUUCAGUCUGAGAUUCAGAACAAAGACUCCGAGAUCACUCAGAUGUUGCACAAGAUCGAGGAAGCUAAUCAGAAACGUCUUAAGCUCGAGAAGAAUCUUAAGUUAAGGGGAAUGUCAUCUUCUGGUGGAGGUGAUGGUGAUUUGCAGUUUCCUGACUUGACCAUUGAGCUUUUUGUAUCUACCUAUGAAGCUGCUUCUAAAGCUGUUCACGAUUUCUCCAAGCCGUUGAUCAACAUGAUGAAAGCUGCGGGAUGGGAUCUCGAUUCUGCUGCUGAGUCCAUUGAGCCUGGUGUUGCUUACGCCAAGAGGCCUCACAAGAAAUAUGCGUUUGAGUCGUACAUAUGCCAGAGGAUGUUCAGUGGGUUUCAGCAGGACACUUUCUCACUAGACUCAGAUGAUGACACUGAGACCUUCUUCACUCAGUUUCUUGCUUUAAAGGACAUGGAUGUACUAGAUGCUCUGGCUACAAACCCUGAUUCCAACUUUGGUAAGUUCUGCAGGAGCAAGUAUCUCAUCUUGAUCCAUCCAAAGAUGGAAGCUUCUUUCUUUGGAAACCUAGACCAGCGUGAGUACGUGACAGGAGGUGGCCACCCUAGGACCGCGUUUUAUCAGGCCUUUUUGAAACUAGCAAAGUCUAUAUGGUUAUUGCACAGGCUUGCUUACUCGUUUGAUCCAGCUGCGAAGAUCUUCCAGGUGAAAAAGGGUAGUGAGUUCUCUGAUUCAUACAUGGAAAGUGUUUUGAAGAACAUAGUUGUGGAUGAAAAGGGUGAGAGCCCAAGUGUUGGUCUUAUGGUGAUGCCUGGGUUUUGGAUUGGUGGAAGUGUGAUUCAGAGCAGAGUUUAUGUCUCUGGUGUGAGGGUCGUUGAAUGAAAGGAGAUUCUGGUCUUGUCCUAAAGCUGCUUGUGCAACUUUUAUGUUUCUACUUGUUAUAAAUUAUAUUUUCUGUAAGCUUGCAAGUAAUUGUUCAGAACUCAUAAGCAAAAGAGAUAUUUUAUUCUCCGAACCAAAAGGAAAUUUAUUAUCAUGUAUAAAUGUUGGCCUAA